AUGAGAAAAGGCUCCUGGAAAAGAAUCAAUGACAGGUUUCCUUCGCAUGUUGUUCGGUUUUCGGAUGAAGAUGUUUCUAUUACUGGGAAUGAUGGUCAUGACGGUCGUCUUCAUUGGCUUUGUAAUGUUGUUUCCCGAAGAGCUAAGCAAACAAUAAUAGCAUUUGAUUUGGCUACUGAGACAUUCAGUGAGAUUUAUCUUCCUGAUUCCAUAGCAAAUAAUAAGAAGGAACCGAGGAAGCAGGUUUUGGGAGAUUUGGAUGGUAAACUAUGUGUGAUGUCGUACAUCGAAGAUGGCGACAUCAAAGAUGGCGGCGUUGAGGUUUGGGUGAUGAAUGAAUAUGGGGUGGCUGAAUCUUGGGUGAAACACCAUAUAUUGUCACAGUUUAGUGGUAACGUAGUUCCGAUUGGAAUCACAUUAAGUAAUGAGUUCAUUCUGCAAGGCGAUGACGAUAGUCUAGCUUUGUAUGAUCACAUUGCUGCCAAGGUUAAAUCCUUCAAGGUUAUAGAUAUAAAUAGAUAUUCUUAUGGCACUGUCCAAAUUGUUCCUUAUGUGGACAGUCUUGUGUGGAUAGCACCUGCUAAUAGAGUGGAUCAACAACAGUUGCGCCAUAUGUUCGUUGCAAAUUUCGGUAAACUCAUAACAGAUUGGUGA